UAUAUAUAUUCUUUUUUUUCAAAAGCAGUUUGACAGAAAAUGUUUUUCAGCACAUUAUGAGUGUUGUGCCGUUCCUUGCACAUUACCUUACUGUCCGUGUUCAUUCAGUCAUUUUCCUAAACAUUUUUUUUAUUGUUGCUGAUAUGUUUGUUUCAUGGAAUCUGCCUAAUUGAUUAGAUAACUUUUUGUUUGUUGUGUUUAGAUAUUUUGAUCUGGAAGUUUUCACUGGAAAAUUAGGAUACAAGCUAUUUCCAAUGAGCAUCAUGAAUGGCAUGCUGCUUGGUGGAACUGAACUGAACGUAGUAAUGAUUUAUAGUCUACAUACAUGCGUUACUUGAAAGUGGAGCACACAGGCUCUCUCACCAGCAUUAUUUUAAAUGCAAACUGAGAUACAAUGUAUAUAUGUUUUUCUUUCUAGACAUCACUUCAUGUCGACCUUUUAAUAGAACUGCACAUCAUGAAAAGUAAAAGCAGCCAUUUUAUAUAGAGGCACUAUGAGCCUGCAGUAUGUUACACAGAGCUUCUUUUGUUUUGCAGUCACAUCUUCUGCAGCCUUGAUGAACUGAACAUCCUUACACAAAAUAUAUGGAAUAAAUGCAUUUCUGCAUUUUGAAAUCUUCUAAAUGUAAUGCAGCUGCAAUGGGGUUAAAUAUCCUUUUUCCACUAAAAGCUUCAUAUGAUUGUUUUGACUGAUCACACUUUUUCCUACCACUCAGUGCCAUAUUUGAGAUUUCUACAUACCCCUGAUUAUAACCUGUGUUUCAUGUGUAUUCCUGAUUCUUGUAAAUAGCUGGUUGUAAAUAUAUAUCUGAAUAAAUGUGGGUCUUUGUAAACGUUUGUCUGUGCAUAAACACUGUAGAUAGAUCCUGCAUGGGUUGAGGUUUAUUGAGUUUGGCCACAGUUACUAAUACAUUUUAAACAUAGACAAAAAUAAAGAUAACUGCAACUUACUCUCAGAGCAAGUGAUUCAGUUAUUGUACUUUACAAGAAAAUGUCAGUUAUUGGUAAAAAGAUAUACACUAUAAAACCAAAUAAGUUCACAGUACUUUGAGUACUUUAAAAUGCUAAAUGUAAUAUUUUGAAAAAGUUAAUAUUAAAUAAAAAAUAUAUAUUCAGUUAACUUAAUGAUGUUUGUUUGAAAUCUCUUUUACUCAAAUGAACUGAGAUUCUCUCCAACAGGACAAUUAUUUUAAAUCCAUCUUCUGUAACCUUUCUUUCUGGUGUUUCACUUGACGACAAAUCAAAUUGCUUUAAGAAGAAGUUUAACUUGUCAACAGUUAAGGAAAAGCAUGGUUACUAUGUUACUAAUAACAAUAAUGAUGACUGACAAUGAGCCAGCAUGCGCAAUGACUCUGAAGCAGCUCAACCAUUGUUAAUAUUACUAUUCACACAUGUGCUUUUCCUAGCAAAAGACAUAUUGCUCAUCUUUGGAAGCGUGGAAGAAUCCAGAAGCCAUGACCAGACCGCUGUUGUGCGUAGCUAAUUCAUUCUAAACCAUUUUUUUUUUUACUGUCUUUUAAAAUGAUUUUAGUUGGGACAUAAAGGUCCUUACAAGGAAAGCACACACACACAUUUACACAUCAUGUUUUACAACCUCUAGGUAGUGAUGGAUACCAGCUUUGGUAUUUAAUUGGGAAAAAAAGUAAGGCACUGCCACUCAAUUUUUAUUUUAUUAUGAUGAUUAUCCUAUUAUGAGAAGAGAUGCUCACUUGAAGAAUACCACGAGGCAUCCAUUCAAGAGUGCUGUCCCUAUUAAAUCUCUACAGAAAGUCUGAUUUAAAAAAUAAAACUCUCAGGUGCAUCAGAGUUUCUGAAAAGUUGUUGAAAAACCAAACAUGGUAAAUACAUGCAACAGCUAUUACUUUUGAAAGUCAGAGCCUGGCUUCGUCUCUCAUGCUACUCGUGUGUUGUCUCAGAUUGUUUUCAGUUCCUUAAUUGUCAUCGGUUGAUUAGAUUGAGGUGAAGUCGUCUGCAUGGCCAUAUUGCUGUUUUUCGCUUAAAAUAAACCUUAUUCUUAAACCUUAUAUUAUCUACAGAGAUUACACACACACACACACACACACUUUUCUUUCAACACAACCCUGAUAAUUUGCAAUUUAGAUACCCAGCUUUGAUAAGUUACGUGUUUGUGGUAUUAUCAGGCAAUUGAUUGAACCUAUGAUCUGACCUUUGGCCAGAUGCCUCAGUGUUACUUCCGGACAUUUUCUAGACUCAUUGGAGAACAACAACAGACUUGAUGUAAUCAACCUUCCUCUUAAACACGUCCACAACUCACUAAAUAUAAAUUAAAUCAACAGUCAACUAAGUACCCUCCUGAUCUUUUUAUUCUCCAAAUAUUUGAGGGACAGCGGAACUUUUUUGUGUGUUUUCUGUCAAAGAAUUGUCAAAAUCACAUCCCUUCUGUAAUUUUAGAUGAUUUAUACUGAUUAGCAUACAACCAGGGUCACUGCUAGUCCCUUUGUGUACUUUACGCAUUCAUUUUUUCACUAUAAAUUUGGACAACAUUACAUUUAUAGAGCUGACUCUUUUACGCAAAGCGACUUACAAUAAGUGCAUUCAUUCAACCAUGUAGAUUACAACACAAAAACUAAAAGAAUUAUGCAAGUUCAUCAACUUAAUCAAGUUUGCUGAUUACUUCAGGUGAUUCAGAAACAGUAAGAGAUAAAGGGUUUCUUUGUUACUCUUAUUUUAGCUCCCUUUCGUUCGAAAGUGGGGACGAAAAACCUACUUUAGUUCUUAAGAAGUUACCUAUUAUGUUUUAAAUGUAUUGUACAGCAAUGUAUCUACAGUAAUUGUUUUGUUCUGUUUGUGCCUUUCGAAUAUAUAUCAAACUUUCAUCCAGUUGUGUGAUUAUGUGAUGAUAUGCAGUAAUUUUUUUUACUAUGACCAGUCGUGUUUGUAGUUUUAAGAUAAUAUAAAAAAGGAAGGAUAACCUAUCCAUCCCUUCAAUAACAAAAAGCAACAAUACUCCUGCAGUGUGCUACAGGGCAUGAGUCAUCAUAUACAGUACAUCCUGGUACUUAAUCUGUAAGGUGAUCUGUGAGAGGUACUGAGCUCCUGAAGCGGGACAUUAACACUAUUAUCAACUGACAAAAACAGCUUCCUAACUUUGGGAAUCGUCUAGUUUCAGGACAGUGAAGGCAUCAUCAGAUAAGGAGAGCUGAGAUGAUGUCUGUGUUCUAGAGGUGGGAUAACAUAAUCUCAACCUGAAGACAAUUUGUGCAAAGACUUAAGUGAUCAUAUUUCUGUGUUCUGUUCUGGAUUUAGAUUCACAUUCAGAAACUUUAAACUGGUAACCAUCAACACCAGCAGACAAACACUGACACCCACUGGCUGCUCAGUUAAACUCACAUUCACUGUAGUCAGUGCUUCUGUGCUUCAAUCUCAAUUAUCUUUAUUUUCAAGAGUUCAGUGAUGGAAAAAACAUUUACUCAAGCGCUUAAUACGAACUUGAGAUAACUUUCAUUUUUACUUGAGCUAACAUUUGCUUUAUCAUGCUUCUUACUCCAUCUGACAGCUUCAUUUUACAUAUAAAACAUAUGAUGAGUUUACAAAAACAUGCAAUCAUUUGUUAACUAUAUAACAGUAUACAAAGUAUUCCACAUUUCACUUUACAUUUUUACUACAGUACAAUAGUACAAUUCCUCUCUUUUACUUAAGUAAGAUGAUGAAUGCAGGACAUUUGUGUGAAUUUCUGAAUGAGAGGAGACAGAAAGUUUGACCUGUAACUAAGGUGAAGGAGAGGCUUUGAAAUUACACAACACACACACACACUGCAGAUUUACCGAAUACACCCAUUUUUCAUUUCAAAAACUGACGUUGCAACUUUUAUAAUUACCCGUAACACUAAUUUUUAGAUUAAUUACGUCUACAAUCGGAUAAAUCAACAGUGUCCUUAAUUUACUCAAAGCGUAAACCAAACUUUGGGGUCCACUGAUACGCUGUAACUUGAGCUAGAGGGCUGGUUUCAUCGACAGACUGCCCAUUUCCUCCAACGAAGGACACGCUGACAAAGUACCAACUGUUCUUCCCAAAAAGAAAAAAAUAGGUGAAUGGUGUCUAACAUGACGAUGUCUCUGCGACCUCCUGGUAAAUAUGCUCUUAGAUAUGUUUUGACAAAUUGUAUGACUUGUAUUUAUAACUUAAUUGUUUGUCGAUUAAGCAGGGCUUGCAGUAGAAACUUAACCGCCGACUCUCACUUCAAUCAAUCAGAUGAUCACAUUUGUAUUCAUUAAUUAAUCACAUGGUCGCGCGCAGACGCAGUCACAUUCACGGCCUCGCUCUAUUAAAACGGGACUCAUGGCUGCGUCUGUCAAUUGCAGAAGUUCCUGUCAAAUCUGUGCACGUCCGGUUAAUGAUUUGCUGGUUAUCUCGUACUUAGUACUUGAGCGUGGAGUUUGGAGUCUGCCCUCCCCUCCGAUAAAACAUAAUAGGAGAAGCUUGAACUCGCUUUGCCUUUCUUUUUGGCCCUGUAGUGCCACACAGACUCUCGGUUUUGGUUCUUCUGGCUACAGCGAGACGACACACAAUGUUAACUCUAGUGUUAUUGCUUUGUGCAGCCUGCUCUGUCUCAGCUUCUGCCAAAGGUGCUGCUGGACCCCGGCUGAACAACAACCAGCUGUACAAAUUCAGCUACACCACUGUGGUGCUGGUGGACAGGACCCGGGGGUCAAAAGAGGGCAGUGCUGGCUACAAGAUCUCAAGCGAUGUGGACGUCAACCUAGUGUGGAGAGACCCCAGCAGCAAAGACGAUCAACUGAUCCAACUGGCGAUCUCUAAUGUGAGAAUCGGUCCUGCGUCCCAACGAUCAGAGAAGAAGAAUGUCCUCCAUGGAUCCACUGCAGAAAGCGUUUUGGGGAAGACCAAACUGGCAGCUCUGACUAAACCUUUCUUUUUGCAUCUGAAGAAUGGAAAGGCAAAAGCAUUUUAUUCCUACCGGGCCGAACCUGCAACCAUCAAGAACCUAAAAAGAGGGCUGGCCAGCUUACUGCAAGUACAGCUCAACACUGGGAAGGUUAUAGAGAAUGACGUGUCUGGAAGGUGCACGAUCGAGUACAGGGCAGUAAAAGGUCAAGUGACGAGAACCAAGAACCUGGAGGCGUGUAAGACCGUGGAGACCGGAUUCACCACACACAGUCAGGUGUUGGGUGUGAGCAGGAAGUCCAGUUCCAUUACAACGUUUACACUUGAAGAUGGUUUCAUCCGCUCGGCUGUGGCUGAAGAAACGCACUCGCUGGCUGUUAAUACCCGCAGAUCUGCUGGAGCUAAAGUCCUGUCCAGGCAAAUUUUCACAUUGGUAGGGACAGAGGCUGGACCGCUGGAGGCUGCUGGGAAAGAUGUGGCUGGGGUUGUCAAGUCAAUCGAUGCCAAACUGGCAGCUGUUGGUAUCAUUGCAGAAAAGGUCAAAUCUAAGUGCAAGGGCUGUCCAUCACUUUUUGAGCAUUGGCAGACUCAACAGAAGCUGCUGGAGCCAGCGAGCCUGUCCAAAGCCACGGCUCCUCGCAGCUUCCUGGCCCUCAUCCAGAGCAUUAGGAAGGCGUCCAAGGACGAGAUCCUCAAAGUGCUGAAGAGUGCCAGCAAGACAUCUCUACCUCAGGCGGUGGAUGCUGUGACCUCCUCCCAGACCAUUGCAUCUCUGGAUGCCAUGUUGGAAUUCCUUAACUUCACCGAUGCCAAAGGUUUGGUGCUGCAGGAGAGGUUUCUCUACGCAUGUGGCUUUGCUUCACAUCCCAACGAGAGAAUGCUCCAGGUUCUGCUGGAUAUUUCAAAGGGAAAGAUUGGCAGCUCAGACAUUAAAGAGUCAGUGGUGAUCAUUAUGGGAGCCCUGGUCCAUCGACUGUGUCAGAAAGGAGGGUGCAACUUACCGACAGUGGUGCAGGUGAAGAAGCUGAUUUUAGACGGUGCUGGCAGCGCGCAGGUAGAGUCCGAGGUCCAGAUGUAUCUUCUGGCUCUAAAGAACUCUCUGCUGCCCGAGGCCAUCCCCAUCUUCACCAAAUAUGCAGAGUCAGAAGUGGGAGCUUACAGCACCAUCGCCCUCACUGCCCUGCAGAGAUACGAUGUCCAUCUCAUGACUGAUGAGGUGAAGCGGACAGUCGGCAGAGUUUACCACCAGAAUCGACGGAUCUAUGAGAAAAACGUGAGAGCUGCCGCUGCCGACGUCAUCCUCAGUAGCAACCCUUCAUACAUGGAGGUCAAGAAUCUGCUUCUGUCUGUUGGAAACCUACCUCAUGAAAUGAACAAGUACAUGCUGUCCAAGAUCCAGGACAUCAUCCACUUCCAGAUGCCAGCCAGCAAAAUUUUACAACAAGCUAUGAAGGACAUGGUUUCUCAUAACUACGACCGUUUUGCAAAAGUUGGGUCGUCAUCUGCAUUCUCAGGAUUUAUGGCAAGAUCUGCUGAUGUGACCUCCACAUACAGUUUGGACAUCCUGUAUUCAGGCUCUGGGAUCCUGAGGAGAAGCAACAUGAAUAUUUAUGGUGCUAGUAAAGGAGCGAUGCUACAUGGUCUACAGGUGGCAAUUGAGGCCCAAGGUUUGGAGUCACUGAUUGCUGCCACACCCGAUGAGGGAGAGAAGGACCUGGAGUCGUUCGCUGGGAUGUCGGCUCUGUUGUUCGACGUGCAGCUGCGGCCCGUCACCUUCUUCAAGGGUUACAGUGACCUCAUGUCCAAAAUGUUCUCCAUGUCCGGGGAGCCGAUGAAUGUCGUGAAGGGUCUCAUCCUGCUGACUGAUCAUUCUGAGGUGAUUCAGCUGCAGUCCGGUCUGAAGGCGAGUGCAGAGUUCCAAGGAGGGUUAGCCAUUGACAUCUCUGGAGGCAUGGAGAUCAGCCUGUGGUACAGGGAGUCCAAGACCAGCGUCAACAACCGCGGAGCGUUUGUGGUCACUGGCAACGUUACAGUGGACAUGGACUUCAUGAGAGCGGGUGUGGAGGUCAGGUUUGAAACAGAAGCAUCUUUGGACUUUAUCACCACUGUCCAGUUUUCCGAAUAUCCCUUCCUGGUGUGCAUGCAGAUGGACAAGAGUACCUUCCCCGUCAGUGAAUACCUGACCAAAUACGAGAGCCUGUCAUCAGGGAAGAGCAUUAUGUCGCAUAAGGGCAAGAAGCAGCUCGUCCCCGGUUCUGAAUUCCCUCUUCACCAGGAGAACUCAAACAUGUGCAAGAAGGUUUUUGACUCCAGUUGGUAGAGAUACCAUGAACUAUCCAGGGGCAAAUAUUGUCACUUAUUGCAUUCAGGGACAGCUAUCACACCUCAGCCUCAUGCAGCGAAAGCAUGCAAGAGAGAAGAGGGGUGAAUGUUUUUAUUUUUUUAAUAAAACACAUGCAAUGUUUACAUUCCUGAGUAUUUAAGACAUUUUGUUUGAAAUCAGGAAUUCUUGCAUUGUCUUUUUAUGGAUUUCCUCAAAAAUGUAUUUAUGAUGGGCACACACAGGAUGCAUGUGUUAUUUGAUGGGUAUAAUACCACUGUAAUUAUCCCAACCCAGAUACAGUAUAAAUGUACAUGUAAAUAUCACACUGUAGACAGUGUAUUGACUCUCCCGCAUGAAUAGAAAUGCUCCUCUCUGUCAACAUUCCUUUUGUUUUUUUAAUUAAAUAUGUUUACUGAGGAGCAAUUUAUUGUUUUGUGUCAAUCACCUGAAAUAACUUAUUUAGCAGAGUAAUAUGAAUUUAUUCCAUGUUUAUAAUCAUGAUGGUACUAUUUAAUUUUUUCUUCAGAGACAAUGUGUGAGCUUCAUCUUUACUUUGUACUUGCAAGAUUUGAGGGGGAAAUUGAAUCUCCAAUAGUGAAUCUAUUAACACUGGAAAAUAUUUUUUGUACUUGGCUGUAAUUGCUCUUGUUUGUCUGAAAACAUUCUGGUAGUUUUAAGACGUUUGAGCUACUUUCAAGUUGUGUUUUCAUACUUGGGGAUCAAUUUGUUAGAUUUGUAAUUGGCUGACAAUAAAUGUAUAGUGGAAAC